AAUUAUUGCCAACAGUUAGCAACUCAAAGCGGUGGCACCGGCACGCAAGUCAACAACACUCAGUGGGACGGGACCUCUAGUAGUGGUCGACAGGCCGGGAAGGAUGGUGAGGGUGUGUGUCGGCGGCUCAUCACAGACAUAGGAACCAACAAGAAGGCGGGCAUCUCCCGUCACUACUGCACAGCCUGGGAGAUGGGGAGUCACGAGGAUGGCACGCGGCGAGUGGCCGACCUUUUCACCCCUGCCUUUCUGGUUGAUUUCGACAAGGUCCGCGUCAACUGUACCAAGACCCUCGCCCAGUGCACUGAGCUGGGGGUCACUCUCAGGGCCCAAACCAAGACCCACAAGACCAUAGAGGGCGCGGUUCUGCAGACGGGCGGCACUCGGCGAGGACUGGUCACUUCCACCCUACAAGAAGCAGAGUUUUACGCCGACAGUGGAUUCGAUGACAUUCUCUUCGGGUUUCCCUUCAUUCCCUACCACAUGCCGCGCGCCGCCCAACUCACCAGACGCCUCGAGAAGUUCUACGUGAUGGUUGACUCGAGGGUUGCCGUGGACGUGCUCGUUGCAAACACUCCCCCUUCUGGCAAGACCUGGUCAGCGUUCCUUGCUGUCAACUGCGGCUACAACAGAGAAGGCGUAUGGUGGGAGGCCAGUGAGGGUGAGGAGCUGGCCUGCCUGAUGGACAAGUCUCUCUCCGUCACCUUCUCUGGGGUCUACGUGCACUGCGGCAACUCCUACGGUGCCUCACAGCCUCGCGACAUCGAACAAGUGCGGGAGAAGACCGUGGAACGGCUGCUGCAUCUGGUUGGGCGCAUCAAGGCCCGCGGCGUGGCGUGCCCUGUUGUGGGCAUCGGCUCCACCCCGACCUGCAGCCACCCGACCCCCAGCAUGCGGCAACUGACGGAGCUGCAUCCAGGGAACUACAUCUUCUAUGAUGUGCAGCAAAUGACCCUGGGCUCGUGCAAGGAGGAUGACAUUGCGUGCUGCGUUGUCACAAGAGUCAUCGGCCACUACCCAGACAGAAACCAGUUGCUGAUCGACUGCGGGUUUUCUGCAUUAACGAAGCAAGGAACGGGUCAACUCCCUUCAGGAUGCUGCAUCUUUCGUGGCCAACCAAACCUGAAGCUGGACAAGAUGACGCAGGAGAUCGGCUAUGUUGACGCAGUGAAGGGGUGUCUGAACCUUGAAGACUUCCCCAUUGGCUGUAUGCUCUUCAUCUUGCCUUGGCACUCUUGCGCCACAGCAGCCAUGUAUCCUGUAUACUACGUAGUGGAGGACGACGCUGUUGUGGCUGAGUGGCGGCCUACUCGGGGAUGGUAACGCUAUCAUCCCUCCCUGCGCCUUCAUGGCAAGUAUAUGGAAUGAAGAAUAGUUAAAACAACUAAAACCGUGUAGAAUUUGAUGUUUCACUCUGGUAAAGCUUUCCUUCAUCACGCGCCUCCAUGCCAAGCCUAUGGUAUGUAGAAUGAAUAAAGCAAUUAAAACUA